UCCAACCCCGCCCCCGGCCUAGGAGAAAGGCGCAGGCGCCUCACGCAGCCUCUCUGCAGCUUUCAAGCCCUCGCCAGUCCCUUCUUUACCGCCGUUUCCAGUCCGGAGCAGUCCCUCUGGGUGGGCAGAGGUGGAGCGUCCUGACUCUGGCUCCCCCUGGGGGGGUUCUUAGUGGUCGCAGCUCUGUUACACCCCCCCCCCCCAUGGCACGUAGGGCCGAGCCCCCCGAUGGGGGCUGGGGGUGGAUGGUGGUGCUCUCAGCGUUCUUCCAGUCGGCACUGGUGUUCGGGGUACUCCGCUCCUUCGGUAUCUUCUUCGUGGAGUUUGUGGAGGCUUUUGAGGAGCAGGCAGCACGCGUCUCCUGGAUCGCCUCCAUAGGAAUCGCGGUUCAGCAGUUAGGCAGCCCAGUGGGCAGUGCCCUGAGCACGAAGUUCGGGCCAAGGCCUGUGGUGAUGGCUGGGGGCAUCUUGGCAGCACUGGGCAUGUUGCUUGCCUCCUUUGCUACCUCCUUGACUCACCUGUACCUGAGUAUUGGGCUGCUUUCAGGCUCUGGCUGGGCCUUGACCUUCACUCCAACCCUGGCCUGCCUGUCACGUUACUUCUCUCGCCUGCGAUCCCUGGCCAUGGGACUGGCACUGACGGGCGUGGGCCUCUCCUCCUUUGCUUUUGCCCCACUUUUCCAAUGGCUGAUCAGCCACUAUGCAUGGCGGGGAGCCCUGUUGCUGGUGUCUGCCCUCUCCCUCCACCUGGUGGCCUGUGGUGCUCUCCUCCGGCCACUCUCCCUGACUGAGGACCCUGCCAUGGGUGGCCCUGGGGCCCAACUUGCCUCCCUUCUCCAUCAUGGCCCCUUCCUCCGUUAUACUGUUGCCCUCACCCUGAUCAACACUGGCUACUUCAUUCCCUAUGUGCACCUGGUGGCCCAUGUCCAGGACCUGGAUUGGGAUCCACUGCCUGCUGCCUUCCUCCUCUCAGUGGUUGCUAUUUCUGACCUUGUGGGACGUGUGGUUUCUGGGUGGCUAGGGGAUGCUGUCCCAGGGCCUGUGGCACGACUCCUGAUGCUCUGGACCACCCUGACUGGGUUGUCAUUGGCCCUGUUCCCUGUGGCUCGGGCUCCCACAGCCCUGGUGGCUCUGGCCGUGGCCUAUGGCUUUACAUCAGGGGCCUUGACCCCAGUGGCCUUCUCCAUGCUGCCUGAACUGGUGGGGACUGGAAGGAUAUACUGUGGCCUGGGACUGGUGCAGAUGGUAGAAAGCAUCGGGGGACUGUUGGGGGCUCCUCUGUCAGGCUACCUCCGGGAUGUGACAGGCAACUACACAGCUUCUUUUGUGGUGGCUGGGGCCUUUCUUCUUGCAGGGAGUGGAGUUCUCCUCACUCUGCCCCACUUCUUUUGCUUCUCAGCUCGUGCCUCCAAGCCCCAGAACCUUGUCACAGAGGCACUGGAUACCAAAGUCCGCCUGCCCAAGGAAGAGCUGGGAGAGGACUGAACUCCAAAAAGGGGCUGUUAGACCCAGACAUUCGGAGGUUGGCAGCUCCAGGUCUUCUCCUCCUGCCCCAUGUUGGUGCCCACAGAGCCAUAGUGCCUUAAGCAUCUUGGUCUAUUUUCCAGCACAGCAGGCCCAGGGUUCCUGCGAUGUGUGUGCCAACCCUCCGUAUUUAGUUGAGGACUCCUAUCUCUGCCGUGCUCCCACCUUUUCUGCAGGAUCCAGUUCAGCCUGCUCCACGGAGAUAUGAAUCGACUGUGAAAAUCAAAGGCCAAAAGACUUAACUAUAUUUUGUAAGUGAUCUCUAGUGUUCCUGCUAAGUUUCUUCUCUGAAGAUAGAUGUUUGGGAAGGGGGGAUGCCCCUUUGAAAUAAAAUUGAAUCUGAAG